AUGGAUGAACAAAUGAAAGGAGAAAAACAUCCAAGAAUGCUCUUUUUAAGGCUUUUUGGGCGACAAACUCAUUGUGACUUUGGGUUCCAGGAAAAAACGUUAAUGUUGGUUUUGAAAAUUGGCCAUCGGUUUGUAAAAACCAGUGCCUACAUCAGUAUUACUGGUUGCAUCUGGCAGUUCAAUAUGUUCAGUGUCUCCUCAGUCACGGAAUGCUUCCUGCUAACUGUCAUGUCCUAUGACAGGUACCUGGCUAUUUGCAAACCACUGCAUUAUGCUUCCAUAAUGACCUGGAGAUCUUGUAUUUUCCUGGUCAUGUCCUGCUGGAGUUUAGGUUUUCUGCUAUCAAUGAUUGUUACUGUUAUGAUUCAUUAUUUACAUUUCUGUGGCCCUUAUACCAUUGACCAUUUAUUCUGUGAUUAUACUCCUCUCAUGCAACUGUCGUGUUCCGACACCACAAUUCUUAAAAUGACAGUUUUUUUGAUAGCCACUCCUGGAACUGUCCUGCAACCUUUCUUUAUCAUUGCAACAUAUAUAAAUAUCAUCCUCAAUAUUCUUAGGAUCUCAUCUUCAUCCAAGAGACAGAAAGCCUUCUCUACUUGCAGUUCCCACCUUUCUGUUGUGUGCCUCUAUUAUGGGACUCUCAUUGCGACCUAUGCCACUCCCACUGAUGGGCGCUUAUCCACCAGAAACAAACUUCUUUCUCUGAUUUACACUGUUGGCACACCCAUGAUGAACCCCAUCAUAUACACUUUGAAGAAUAAAGAAAUUCAAGCAGUCAUAAGGAAAUAUGUUGACCAACACCAAAGGAAAUGA